GUGAGCCAGAAGUUAAAGUUCCACCUCUGCGACACGUUUCUCCGUUUCCUGACAGCCUCACCACGACGCCUCCGAACGACCGAGCUCGCCGAUUACACAACUUUGUUUUUAUUUCUAAUUUAUAUUAGUAUUUUAUUUGUAAUUUAACCUAUAUAUAAUAAAACUAUAUCUUAUUAUAAUCAAUAAGCUCGGCUGCCAAAAGACAAAGCAGAACAGACCACGGAGAAGUCUUCUGUGACCUGUCUUGACCGAAAACCAGUAUCGAUUUACUUCACAAUCUCUGGUUAAACAAACCCAGUGCUUUUACCCUGUAUUACUGAGUGAUUGUUUUAAGCUAACUUGUUAAACAGAGCUAAUCCACCAUGGCACGGGAACAAGACUACUAUGCUAUCAUGUAUGGGCUGGAGGAGCUUGAUUUUAAAGGGAAAGCAGUGCCCAGUGAUCUUGUACUAAUAGGUGAACAUGCCUUUCCACUUGUCAUGAAUCCAAGAGGUCAGGUGCUUAUGGCUGCAUCUCAUUAUGGUCAGGGACGUGUGGUGGUGUUUGGACAUGAGCAUUACCUAGAAUGUUUCCCUGGCCUGAUGGAAAAUGCUCUUAAGUGGCUCAUGCCACGUAAUGGUGAUGCUGCCAUUGUAGGGAUUCAGAAGAGUUUACGUUCGGUAGCUGAAAACUUAAACCACUUUCCUGUUAAGACAGAGCUAGGAGACUUCCAGAAUAGAUUUGCUAUAUAUAUCACGGAUGCUUACAGUGUUGAGAAUUGUGCAAAGGAUCUGAUCGCUUUCAUCAAAGCUGGGGGUGGCUUAAUCAUCGCUGGCCAGGCCUGGCGUUGGGCUGCUGCCCACCCGCAAAGAAACACUAUAAGGAACUUCCCAGGAAACAAAGUGUGCAGUGUUGCUGGAAUUUACUUCUCUGAACACUGUGGAGAAGUUGGCAUCAUUCCUGUUCCAAGAAACAUCCCUUGUAGUUGGCUUGCUUUAUCUGUAGGCAAGGACUUUAAAGAUGACCUAGAGUUCCUGCUAGAAGGUGUGUCUGAGUUUGAUGUCCAAGGUGAGGCUAUAGCAUCUGAGGUGAUGGUGCACGGACCAUUAGCAUUUCCUAUUGCAGUCACUCCAGAUGGAAAAGCAUUCAUUGCUGGUGCCUAUUACGGGCAAGGUCGAGUAAUCCUGGUAUCGCAUGACGUCUACAUGAAAAAGGACUCCCUGUCCACUUUUCUGAUCAAUGCUAUCAAGUGGCUUGAGGAGGGUCGCAAGGGUGUUAUCGGGAUUGUACCCAAACUAACCGCAGCCCACAAAGUACUGAGCAAAUCUGGUUUAGCUUGCCAGUUGACUGGUUUCAGAAAAGAUCUAAGCAUCUAUGUUUGUACUUCAUACAGUGAUGCCCAGUGUGCAGAGAUCCAAGAAUUUGUUGCUGAAGGUGGAGGUCUUAUGAUUGGGGGUCAUGCCUGGUAUUGGGCCGAUACCAACUGCGGGUGCAAUGUGAUGACUGAUUAUCCAGGAAAUCACAUUCUCAAUAAGAUGGGAAUGAGUCUCUUGGGCAGCACCUUGUGUGGAGGGUUAUACAAAGCUCCAGAAAUUGAGCAUAGUUGUAAAGAGGGGUACCACUUUCGUAGCAUGCUGCAUCGGUUUGCUGAACAUGCAAGCCUGGGGCGAGAACUGACUAAUCAAGAACAGAGCUGCUUGAAACAGCUGGGCAAUGACUGUGCCAGUUACCUUGACAUGCGAUGCCAUGACAGUGCCGACUAUACUUCAGUGGUAGGGCUUCUUAGUGACAUAGUGAAGAAAGUAGGUGUUCCACAAGUGUGUAGUAACUGCCCUGUUGAAAGUGCCAAAGACCACCUGAUGCUCCGCAUUGGAUCUGAGGUGUACAAGGUGUCACCCGAUCCAGAUGCCCUUCUUCCAUACAUCAUUAAAGACAGACCUAACUUUCCAACUGUGUCUAAUGCAAGAGUUCGGGUUACUGCCAACACUGGAGGUUGUGAAGAAUGGUUAAGCACAGGGUUAUAUCUUGCCCCUGGUAUGAAGACAUACAUAGCAGUACCUCCAGAGAUUGUUGGGAAAAACUGGCAGGUGCAGCUUGGUUGCCAAACAGAUAAUAUUGGUGAAUUAAAGGUUCUGAUACGAGCUCCUGUGGUCCAUGAACGAUUUCCUUUGAACACAGAAAUGGUCCAAAUCUGCAAUCUAUGGGGAGGGCUCAUCUACUUAAUAGCACCUCCUCAAAGCAAAGUGGAUGGGGUGGAAAUUGUCGUGCAGGAUUCAGUACAGGCUCCAUAUUUCAAGUCUGGAGAGACCAGUGUAGAUGAAUGGGUAAACAGGAUUCGUCAGGCUCCCGCUCCCUGGGCGGAGCUUGAGUUUGAGAACAUCAUCAUGACACUAGAAUCAGAAAAUAUAAGGAAUCUGGACCGCCCCGACGAGGUGGCAAAAUUUUGGGACACCAUAAUGAAAAGCAUAGCUAACCUGGCAGCAAGUCCUUCCAAGUUUCCCCGCAAGGAGCGGUUUGUUGCAGAUGUUCAGAUCUCUAAUGGUUUCAUGCAUGCUGGAUAUCCCAUCAUGAUGCACUCCACCUCUGCCCCAGAUCUAGUAAAUGUACAGGAAGCCUAUAAAAGUGGUAUUUGGGGGCCCAUUCACGAGCUGGGCCAUAACCAACAGCUUGACGUCUGGGAGUUCCCUCCACACACCACUGAGUGCACUUGCAACCUGUGGUCAGUGUACAUACAUGAGGAAGUGCUGGGUAUAAAUAGGUCAAAUGCUCAUCCAGACAUGACUCUAAAAAAACGUCAGACUCGUACCAAGAAGUAUUGCAGUGGUGGUAAGGAUUUAAAAAGCUGGAGUAAGUGGACCGCACUCGAGACAUACAUGCAGCUUCAAGAAAAAUUUGGCUGGGAUGCUUUCAAGAAAGUUUUUACUGCUUACCAAGAUAUGAAAGGAGUGCCAAAUGACAAUGCAGGCAAGAUGAAUCUUUACGCUGAGACCUUCUCCAAGGUGGUCAACCUGAACCUUUGCGCUUUCUUCAAAUCGUGGGGUUGGCCCAUCCAGCCCAGCACGCACAAGAAAAUCUCUCAUCUCCCUGAAUGGAGUGACCAUCCUAUGGUCCAGUAUGCAUAAGAACAUCUCAGAUAGCUUUUAACAUGUAGUGUCGGUUUUAAUGUAGCUAAUGGGUAAGAUUAAGUAUAAAAUGACAUAUUCUUAGCUUUAAUGUAAUGUAAUGGAAAUUAACGUUUCUUAUUUAAUUUAAUAAGUACGUAAAUGGACAAUUGAUUCAUGUCAUGUAAAGUUAUAAAAUAAUCAGAGCACUUGCUAUUAACUAAAGGUGGCUAUAGGCUAGUAGAAUAGAAUUAUUUCUAUAAAAGCAUGCAUUUUAUAUACAAACCAUGUAGUGUACAUUUUAUAAAUACAAAAAACUUCAUGCACUGCAUUUGGCAUGGUAUUUUGUAACGGUGUGUAAGAAUAAAUCAUAUAUAUGACUUUAAAGGACUCUGAAUGGUUAAUAGUUUUGAUGUGAUUUGAAAAUACAAAAUUAAGCCCUGUUGCUAAUGCUCAAGAGAUUUAUUAAAUUCAUGUGAAUGCAUUGGCCACUGAACAGCUCAUUCACCGGUGCAUCAGAGAAUUACUCAAGGAAGUUGACCAUUUCAUCUAAGCUGCGUUCUACAACAACUUCUCAGGGGAUUUAAGGACACUUUCCUUCAGGAAAACUCAUUUUAAACCUAUAUUUUCUCUAAGUACACAGUACUACCUUCUAACAUUAAAUGUACAAACAUAAUAACAUCAUUUCAGUCCCUAAAAAUGUCAGCAGGCAUAGUAAUCUACUUUAUUAGCUGUUUACCUGCAU